AUGACAACAAAACCUCUGGCGGAAGUCGACAAGCCGCCUAUAGCGCGGUCAACGCUAUGCAUAUCGAGUUCACAGCCUGGUGUGACUAUACACGCCGGUGAUCCAGCAUUUGGACCAUCCAUACAAAGGCUCUUCCCAGCAGCCGAAAAUGACGCAGCGGAAAAGCUGAUGCGGCUGAAGGCAUCCCUCAAGGCGUGCAAGACCGAAGUAUUUUGGAGCAAAUUGAUGGAUGGCUUGACCGACAUUGCUGACGCUCAAUUCGGAUUCGUUGCGAAACGAAUUCUCGCCUCUGACCACGAUGUCGCUGUGGAAAUGCCUCCGAUUGGCGAACCUGGAGCGUGCCUGAUGGGUGUGGCCUGGUACUACAACAACGGAGAAGGCAUAUCAGGCAUGCACAAUGACGUUCAAUACAAAGCAUAUGCCAGUCCUUGUGCGCAUAUGAAGCAUGACAAGGUCUUCAUCAUUCCGGACCGACUUAACGAAUUCAUUACCAAUAAUCCGAACCCUAUGCCAUUCGCCGCAGAGGCAUACAUUGCCGUUCCAUUGUUCCAUGAGGGCAAAUGCUUCGCCCAUUUUGGGGUUCUGUGGCAUCAGGCUGGUCUCGCGAAGAAGACCCUGUCCUGGGCGUUUCUGGAGAUGAUCCUGCAUUCACUGGAGGAUAUGGUCAUCGACCGUCUUGUUUCUGGUCAAAGCUUUGUGAAGAAAGCGGCUCAGACCAUGACUCCGCCCGAGUCGGUACCCGCUGCAGUCAUUCCACAAGAGGUCGUCAAUGCGCAACAAUCGCUCAAGCCAUACGCUAAGAGCCUCUCGCACGAACUUCGGACACCAAUGCAUGGUGUCGUGGGAAUGCUGGAUAUCAUGCAUGCCUCGGUCCAGGAACAGGUCGAAGGAUCUGCGAACAGCAAGAUACGUGGCGUGUUCCAGUCCUUGAGGGACAACAUCGAGACUGUCCAAGACAGCGCGAAGCGCGCCGUCGAAGCUGCUGACAAUGUUGUCCAUGCUUACGAUAUGAACAUGCAGAUACCGGAUACUCCUUUGCAAGAUACAGAUUCUCCAGCAGUGGCGGGAACGGCAUACUUUGACUACAAGCCUGCGAGAGUCAUCGAAGGCAACGAUAUCCAGUGCGGAACUCAUAAACGUCGCCGAAGCGCAGAAAAUAGCUGGCAAUUUGGUCCGCCCAACAAGAUUCGUGCUGUCGAUGCACCACGACAGAUUUCGCCACGCACCACCAACAGCCCAACACGAGCUCCAUUUUCGUCACCUUCACUUCUGACCCCAGACACGCUGCCGACUGCCACGGUACGUGAAACGCCAGUGAUGACACCGAGUAGUGACGUGGAAGGAUAUCCAACUCCAGGACUUCGGCAAACCUCUAUACGGCUAUUGCUACCAGUGGUCAUCAACGACGCGCUAAGAGUUGGAGGAAGACCCGACUCGGCGAUCAGUGAACCGAUAGACCUGGGAGAACGGAUAGAGGUCCGAAGUCGGUCGUCGAACGGUCAUACUUCACAAAAAGAUAUCGAAUGGACGGUCGAUCCACAAGUGCCAGAGUCAUUUCUGGUCGACGAACGGGAUCUAGCUAAGCUGGUAUACGAGAUCUUUCUGAACGCGUUCAAGUUCACCAAUGAAGGAAAGGUCACCUUACAUGUCAAGCUGUCGACUAGUCAGAAGUAUCUGCUCAUUAACGUCUGCGAUCAGGGCGAUGGCAUUCCAUUGGACUUUCAACCACGCCUGUUCCGACCAUUUUCGCGCGAAGAUAGCUCAACGACCCGGGCAAGAGAAGGAUUGGGACUGGGUCUGAUGGUUGCUAGGGGACUUGCACGACGGCUGGGUGGCGAUGUGAGCCUGACUAGGUCCGAACUCGACGGACCGAACAAAGGCUCCGACUUCGAGAUCCGCGUUCCUCUCGAGCCGGGCGCGGCAACAAGUCGAAGCGGAACGCCAGUCAACAACACACCGGACCCGUCGAGAAGUGUCUUCAGGAACACGGCGAGCGCCACGCCGAGAGCGACGCCGAGAUCGCCAAAUGCCAUCUUUAACCUCAAUCCUACUAGUCGAAAGGCUUCUUCGCCACUGAGGCCCAGAACAGCAGGCAAGGAGAACACAACCGGGCCAGAGACUAUUCCGGCAGGAAAGACAAGGCGCCUCUCUCCCGCAGUCAUGCGAGAUAGUUAUGACAAGAAGCUGGCAACAAAGCACCCCCUGACCUUUUUAGUUGCGGAAGACAACAAGAUCAACCGCAAGCUCCUGGUAAACAUGCUUGGCAAGCUCGGCUACAAGGAUGUCUACGAGGCAUUUGACGGAAAGGAGGCAGUCCGGAUCAUGCACGAGAUCCGCCAGUCCCGACAAUCGUCUAGGGAGCGGCGGAUGUCUGAUUCGGGAAGAACGAGAUCGAAGGAGCGGCCGGUGAAAGCAAAUCUUAAGCCUGUGGACGUGGUUUUGAUGGAUCUGUGGAUGCCUGAAAUGGAUGGCUACCAGGCUGCCGAGGAGAUUAUGCGGAUGUAUGGCCCUGGGUCCCCGGUUGAGGAAGAUGGCUCGUCCUCGACAACGGGAUGUAACGAUUUGACGCUACCUACGAUCCUGGCUGUCUCGGCAGACGUGACGGAGCAGGCGAUUGAGAGGGCGACGAGGACGGGCAUGGAGGGCUUCAUGACCAAGCCGUACAGGAUUAGAGAUCUGGAGAAGCUGAUCGUGGAAUUCUGUGUUAGAGAGUGA